AUGCUCAAGAUAACUACGAUUGUCUCUCCUCUCCACUCCAUUUCCAGCACUCCUCUACUAUACCCUCUUCUCUUCAUCAUUUAAAUCUUUAUCUUUCUCUCUCUCCCGCUAAAUUAUAAUGUCACCAACUGCUUAAUUCAAAAGUGAUCAACUUCAACAAUUUAAUCCUUCCAGGAUAUCAACAAAUGGCUUUGAGAUGGAGAAAGGAGAAUUAGCAAAAAGCAGAGAUUGAAGGGGGAAUAAAAAUAAAGAAAGAACCUAAAUUAGUUCUAAAAAACCAGAAAUGCGAACGAUUUGUGACGUGUGUGAGAGCGCAGCCGCGAUUCUUUUUUGUGCAGCUGAUGAAGCUGCUCUUUGCCGUUCCUGUGACGAGAAGGUUCAUUUGUGCAACAAGCUAGCUAGUCGGCACGUGCGAGUAGGACUUGCAGAUCCUAGCGCCGUUCCACAGUGUGACAUAUGUGAAAAUGCACCAGCUUUCUUUUACUGUGAGAUAGAUGGUAGUUCGCUCUGCUUGCAAUGCGAUAUGAUAGUACAUGUUGGUGGUAAAAGAACCCAUGGGAGAUAUCUCCUGCUGAGGCAGAGGGUUGAGUUUCCGGGGGAUAAACCUGGCCGGAUGGAGGAGCAAGGACAACAAGCUCUUGAUCAUAAUGAAACAAGGAGGGACCAAAACCAGCCGCUUAAACUCACAGCUAGAGAAAGUAAACAAAACCACAGAGCCUCUCCAGUUCCAAUGGUAGAGAAUAACACAGUUAGCGAGGGAAAAAUGGACAACAAUUUGAUUGAUCUUAAUGCCAGGCCUCAGCGGAUACAUGGACAAAAUUCAACUAAUCAGGAAAAUCACGAAUCUUCUAGUGCGGUUCCUGUUGGAUCCUUCAAAAGAGAGCCUGAAAAGUAAGCAAGUGGCUGCAGGUGAUUUCGGAUGCAUGUUGAGAUAUUCAGUACUGCAACCAGCCUUGCAUGCUCUUGCAUUUGCAGCAUUUCUUGUGGUUAGGCUUUCCUUCCUAGCGCGAAGUUGGUGAGGUGAUUUUUAGUCUUUUGUAACAAAUAUCAACAGAGAUAUAGUUUGUGUGAAAGAAAUAACAAAACUCUUUGUUGGUUAGCAUCAUGUGCUGGCUGAGUUCACCAUCACCUUCAGGUCCUGAGAUUUAAAAUUUAAUAAAGCACGAUUCAUUCGAAAGA